UUUCAGAGACUGCUAAAGGGCAGACUUUUUCCUACUGAAAGGCAGUAAUUGGGGGUUAUGGCUAGGAUGAUUUGGGUGGUGCUCAGUGCUCUAAAAAGAAGCUGGAAGGCAUACAUUUUAAACUUGAUAGUGCUUCACUGCAUUGUGUUGCAGACGGAAGUUAGUGGUUUUUGCCAUUUGUUUCGUAGAAAUUUGUUUUUUGUUUCCAUGUAUGUUUUGCAAGGAGGGAAACCAAUGAUAGUUAUUAAUAACUUCCUUUCCGAUAUCUGUGGAACAACGGCAUCCCUGGUGCUGGGUUCUGCAGCAGUGACAUGCAAAUUCAGAAGGAACUCAAAAAUUAAGAAGCAACAGCAAGACGUGCUUGGCUUUUUGGAAGCCAACAAGAUUGCGUUUGAGGAGAAGGACAUUGCAGCCAACGAAGAGAACCGCAAAUGGAUGCGAGAGAAUGUCCCUGCAGACAGCCGGCCGGCCACUGGGAAUCCUUUGCCCCCACGAAUCUUUAAUGACAGCCGGUACCUUGGGGACUAUGAAGCUUUCUUUGAAGCUAGAGAGAACAAUGCAGUGUAUGCCUUUUUAGGCCUGACUGCCCCACCUGGUUCAAAGGAGGCAGAAGCCCUGGCGAAGCAAGAAGCAUGAAUGCUUUCCUCUGUGCCUAAAGCCUUAAAUAAUCUGCAAAGGGAAAUUUCUGCAGCUUUUUAUACAGUAGCAAGAUUCUCUCUGCUUCAAGAAAAUUUUGUUUUUGUUUUUGUCCCUAAAAUGCUUUUUGCUGUACACAGCAUCCCACCAUAAAUGAAUACAACAUGGUGCCAUGAAAACUCAACUCUUGCCGCAAGGACAGAAGAUAUCAUUAAGGAAGCAUUUAGAAAUCGUGGAUUCGCAAUCACCCACUCAGCUGAAUAGUGUAAUCUUCUUUUCAACAAUUGCAUAGUUUUUGUAAAUGUACAAAAGCAUCUUGUUUUACUAUGAGUAAUAGAGAGCUAUUGUUAUACUUAUAGAUCUGUUUAAACAUGGCAGCAAAACUUCUAUGAAUAAACCCCAGUGCCUCAAAAACAUUACUGAAAAAAUAACAAAACACCAUAAUGUUGAUGUCUUUUUAAAACAUGAUUUUUUUAAAAAAAUAAGAUUAUGUAGUGUAGUAAUAAUUGUAAUCGCUUGCUGAGGUUAGGGUAUCUCAAUAAUUUGCAGGAUGGAUAUUGAAAUUGUCUAUCGUAAUUUUUCAGCACACAGCUUAGACUCUUUUUUAAAAUAUGCCUUAUGAUUCUCAUUGGAGUGACCAACGUGGGGAAUUCUCACAAACCAGAGGUUUGAUUAUUACAUAAAAAACUGCCUCUUGGGGACCUGAAAAUGCCUACAUGUGCAACAUUUUAGUGCAGUCAUGGUAAAAAGUGCAUUGACAGCUAUGUCGUGUUACAAAUAAGCCAAAACACAAAAUCCUGCUCUGGUCCUUUCUUCUGUAAAAAUUAAAGCCUUUCAUGUUAUGUUAUGCAAAAGUUCCAUUCAACUGCGCUUGUGUAUUUAGAUCUUGGAAGGCACGAUCAAGUAAUUGCUCGUGGGAAUAAUAGUUGUUCUGAGUUUGUGUAAAUUUUUGCUGCUAUGUUGAAAAAAGGUAUCUUGUGAGUAAGGUCCACAUUUCUUGGCUUGUCAGUGUGGAUUUGCAAUGCCAUGAAGCUGCUUUCAGCAAUCUGUAGAUCAUCUUGUAGGAAGUGUGCUGAUGAUUUUCACUCUGUGCAAUAUUGAGCUGUUAUCAUGCAGCAGGCAAGAACUUCAGCCAAAAAGCAUUCUUGGGGGACUGAUUCAUCAAAGCCUGUAGUUAGAAAGAAAUAUUAGUGUCGGUUUGGAGAAGUACAUAGGAAUAGGGCUGAACCCCAAGGCUCCAAUCCAAUAAUAUCCUGCCAUACACCUUUAGUCUGUUAGCCUCACUUCCACUCUUGUUCCCUUGUAUAUUGGACAAGGAUCAUUUCUAAUCUAUUGAUUUUAAUCAUAAUAGUCAACUUCAUGCUUGUUAUCAAGUAUUUUCACUUUUAAGGACUUUCCUCCCUUUCAAACACCAACUUAGUGUGCUUAUGUCCGGCAUUCAUACCAAUUUGCAAGACUCUCUCCAAAAUACAAGCACUCUGAAAAUCAGGCUCACUUUUUAAUCAUAGUGUAGUUUAUCACUAUCUUACCAUUCCUUAGACCUGGCUGCUGAGCUUGAGGAGCACAGUAUCCAUAUCCAAAAGAGUUGAGAAGAAAAAGGAGUUUAAAAGAUAGAAAGUUAUGCGACUGCCUCUGCUAAUCUGCAUUUUACUUCCUGUGGAAAAUGUUAGAUAUAAUGUUAGAAGAAAUUGGUGCAGUCCGCAAUCAGCUGCCCUAUUGUAUAAAAUCUGUAGUCCAAAAGAAUUGGAAGCAGGGCAAUCUGUGAAGUGGCUCACACUAUUUGCUUUUGAACAAAUGAAUUAUCUGGGCCGUUUCUCUGGACAUGCUCUUGUGCUCAGUUUGGAUUGAAAAUGUGCUGUCAGCUCCUGUGCUGCUUUCAUCCCUCUCCUGCACAGAUUUCCUCUUCUGUUCUUGGGUUGAAAUUGCCGUAGUUUUCCAUGACAUCUACAUCAAGCAGCUAUGGAUUACAAUUUGUCUCCAAACCAUGGUUUGCAAACCUUCUUAAGUCUCAAAUCUAUAGUCUCAAAAUUUGGAGGGUCAUGCUAUCCAUUUUUUCCUAAUUAUUCCUACAAAUGAAAGAGGAAGCCACUUCUAGAUUAUUGCCAUUUUGAGGUUGGGAUUGAACUGCAUAUCAGAAAAUUCAGGCUGCAUAAUUAAAAUUGAUUUGGUACUCUUGCACGAUAAACCUCCCCUUCCCAUUGACUUUUUGUGGUAAGGAAAGUGAUGGGAAAACACACUAGAAAGUGUGACAUAACAGUUGUCUGACAUGACAAAACCUCACUGCAAAUAAAUCAGACUGAAUGCUUGGUAACAGUGGGCAUCAUAUAACAUCCCCACAGACUUUAAGAAUAUAAGAAGAGCCUCUGGAUCAGGCCAGUGACCCAUCUAGUCCAGCAUCCAGCUAUCAAUGGCUACUAGCCAUGAUGGCUGUGCUCUGCCACCCUAGUCAGAGGCAGCAUGCUUCUGAAAACCAGUUGCCGGAAGCCUCAGGAGGGGAGAGUGUUCUUGCACUCGGGUCCUGCUUGCGGGCUUCCCCCAGGCACCUGGUUGGCCACUGUGAGAACAGGAUGCUGGACUAGAUGGGCCACUGGCCUGAUCCAGCAGGCUCUUCUUAUGUUCUUAUCCUGUUCCCACCGUGGCUAAUCAGAUACCUGUGGGAAAUCCAAAACCAGGACCUGAGCAGAAAACACUCUCCCCUCCUGCGGUUUCCAGCAACUGGUAUUCAGAAGUGUACUGCAGAGCAUAGCCAUCAUGUCUAGUUGCUUUUGAUAUCUAUGCAUUUAAUCAUCUUUUAAAGCACCCAGGUUAGUAGCCAUCAUUGCCUUUUGUGGGAGUGAGUCCCAUAGUUUAACUGUGUGCUUUGCAAAAGAAGCACUUUCUGUGGUCUGUCCUGAACCUUCCAACAUUCCGCUUCGCCGGAUGUUUGUGAGUUCUGGUGUUUGAGCAAAGCUCAAUAAACAGCUUGUCUGGAAGCAACCCAGGGAAUGGAGGAAGCAGUCGGUGCACAAGAAAGAAGGGGAGCUGUAAAGCCCAUAGCGUGUUCCUUAUCCUCCAUGGCGUAAUCCAGGGAUGGCGAAUCUCAGGUCUGGGGGCUACUUAUAUCUAGCCUUUGACCCAAUCUGCUGCCACCACCCCUCACCAGCCCUGCUUUGCUCCUUCCUUGAGUGUCUUCUGGGAUGUGUCCUUGAACUCCAAUGAGGGUUCUCGCUUGCCUGGAUGGAGGAUAGGGAGGGAUGUGUGAAUAAACUAACAUUUGUUGCUCCACCCACUUCUGCCCUUGCCUGUUACUGGCAAGGAAAUGUGGCCCAUAGGCUGAAAAAGAUUCCCCACCCCCUGGCUUAAUCCUUUAUAUGUGAACUAGAAUAUCGGAGAUAUAGGCAGUGGCAAUUUUAAUAACUGAAACAGGCAAAGUCACUAGGUCUGUUGUGGCUCAUAGCCAUGGGGAUGUGAUUCCCAUACUGCAUUUGGCCACGGAUACCCAAAGCCACAUCAGUGUGAACCAGACCUUUUUAUGCUUUGCCAUAUGGUAGGAAACCUCCUUUUGCCUUUCUCUUCUCUCCAGUGCAGUAACAUCUGGCAGCACUUCAGUUCUAAGUGCAUUCCUCCGGAAAUGGUUCCAAGGGUGGGCUAGAAUAAUUCCUUUGGGAAGGACAAAGCACGAACACACUUCAUAGCAAAGUAUAGCAGUGGUCUCUUUAAGUUGCAGUCCAUAUACUGAACUUGAAUGUAUGUGCAUGUUUCAGUUUUAUACAAGCACUGAGAAAUUUUAGACUCUGCAAUGGAUGUUUGCUGAUUCAGGGUGUUUUUACAAGUGAAGUUGAGAAAUGCUUUUCUUACUAAUUUGGCUGCUUUAGGACUUGGGAAUGUAACUCUUACAAAGUCAAAAAAAUGGGGAAAUAGCUCUUCUAAGUUUGAAUGCAAGUCCUUACUUUCUGUUUUGAAUUUGCAUGAAUCAGUGGUGGGUAUCCAAAAGUACAAGGCCUGUUAUCGCCACAACUCUCCUCCCAGGAGGUGUCGCUUCUUCCAAAUAGAUAUGUAUCGAAAAGGUGGGAACAAAUGUUCCUUUGUAAAUCACCAUCAUCAUCUGGCAAUUUCGGAAGGCAAUUUUGGCAUUCCUGGGAAAGCACCCUAGAAAGAAUUUAUUGAUUUCUUUCCUUUUCUUGUCAUCUCCGUCACCAAUAAGGCAAUGAGACAUCUUGGAGUGUUUAACUGACUCAUAGUGUUGCAAUAAAGCAAUUUCAAAUGGCCUGCAAAUUGCAGCUGUUUAUGCUUAAGUUUUGUUGUUUUUUGUUGAAAACAAACUUUUAAAAUCAGACUUUCCCCCCCAUCAUCAGAACCCCUACAAAGUCAGCAGCUGUGAAUGUUGAGUUAGUGUAUUUGUAAAAUAUUAAGACUUUUCCAGUGAGACACAGCAUUUAGUUGGUAUCAACACCAUUGUAGAAUUUGCUAUCUUGGGAUGGGAUGGUCCGUGGCUUACAUGGAUUUAACAGCUUAUUAGAUAAAUUCAUAGAGGGCAAGUCUAUCAGUGCCUAUUAGCCAUGAUCACAAAAAGAAACCUCCAAGUUUGGAAGUAGUCUCCCUCUGAAUAUCAGUGGCUGAGGGCAGCAGCUGAGGGGCUGCUGGCUGCAUGCCCUGCUUGUGUGCUUUCUGGAAACUUUUGACUAGGCACUAUUUGGAAACCUAAUGCUAGAACUGACAUUCAGUUUCGUCUGAUCUAGAAAGGUUUUUAUGUUCGUGUCAAAGCAAGGACAGGCUUUAAUCAGUGCUGUGAUCAAAUUCCCACUAUACUGAUUUGGUUGUAGCCAUUAUGCCCGGCUUUGAUCUUUGUCUUGUCAUAGCUCCAUCUUCAGGCCCCAUUCAGGUCAACUUUCUCAUCAUUUCUGAUUUUGGGGAGGAAAGAUUUUCAACUCUGAAUGCCAUUGUGGCAAUUAUUAUCUCUAGAUUGGCUUACUGGUUGAAGCAGCAAGCAAUGAUUAUAGGAGAUCUGACAUAACCAACAUUUUUGCUAUCUCAAAAAAGAAAAAGAUGAUGUACCUCAAAAUGCUUCAAUGUCUACCUUAAUAAUCCAGCAAGAGACUAGUUCUCACUGAGGUGGUAAGCAUACAUCUGAGCCUCAAGUGAUCUAAUGUGCUUCUGUACAAAAAUGAUACUACUACUAUUAUAUAAUUUAUUGUGUGACCAUAGGUUGGCACUACAUCAUGCAGAAAGAAAAGUCCCUUUAUAUAAGGGUCUAGCAUGUCAGGGAGAAACCUAGAAUUCUUCUAGAUUUCUCCGUGGAGGUUGUGUGUGUUUUUGUUUUGUUUGUACGGAGGAGCAUUCCAAUGUCCAAUAGUAAUAGUAGUAAACCCAGGUGUAUGUCCACCAAAGUGAGAGCUACGCUGAGAUCUCUGCAGUCCUUCCCAUUUGCUUUAUGAGACUUAACGAAAUUGCAUUCUGAUGCUUUGAAUUUAAAAGCCCAAAGAGAGAAUUUACUCUUUCCUUAAGAGAGAACACUUUUGUUUUUAUUCAUAAAAAUCAGGCUUGUCAUUUUAACUACCUUGGGUUUUUUAAAGUUGUUUUAUUCAUGGCUGUCUUUAUUGUUUUUAAUGGUUUGGAGUUGUUGUUUUAAAAAAACCUUUUCCCUUCUGUGACUGUUCUGGGUUCUGCAUUGGAGACCCUAGUCAUGAGAUGUUCUAGCUCCUUCUCUCUUUUUUUAAAAGAUAUUUCACAAGAAUUGCAAA